ACAAAACCAAUACAAGACUCUUUCCAGAAGCCAUUAGAUGCAGAUAAUGACAGUACUAAUAACUAUAAAAGUACGGAACCUGCAUUAGAAAAUGUGAGUUCUUCACCACGUCCUUUCAGAACAUCAAAAGUAUAUCAAAAAGAAGAAUUACAGCAAGAUAUGCAAAAUCUGCAAAGGUUUAAGAAUGAGAAAGGCAUGUUACAAGUAGAACUCCUGGCUUUGGAAAAAGAGAAAGUUGAACUUCAAAAAGAGACUGGAAAAGAAAGGAAGCAGCACACGAGUAAUAAAAUGGAAGGAGCAGAAAACAUAUAUGAUGCUGCUGCUGCUGUUGCUGCUCCUGUUCUUGGUACUGCUCUUGCUGUUGCUGCUGCUGCUGCUGCUGCUCCUGCUGCUGGACUAAUUCAACAAAGAAAGACUGGAGAAACUGAUAACCACCUGUUUCCUACUACGCAGAAUGAAGAUUCUGAUAGUAAUGAUCCUGGUUUGUCUAUCAUGGAAAUAAAGAAAGAUAAAAAUGUAAAGUGGGCAUCAAAAGCAUCUGUGAUUACACCAGGCUUUGAGGAGGCCGAUUCCCUAACUGGUAGUCUACUACGAGUGAGUAAUGACAACAGUCUAAGUGAAAUGGAUCAGGAUGAAAGAAGACCUGCAAAGAAAACAUCUAAGGAAAAGAACAAGGUCAAAAAGCAAGUGAAUUCUGCGGAGCAUCUUGAUGACGAGCAUCUUGAUGACUUAACUCAGUCAUCUGAAGCAGCUUCAGAGGAUUGCAAGUUGCAAUACUCUGAUUAUAAGAGUUCCCUGUUGCUCAUUGAACUUGGCAUGGAUUGUAAAGAUUCUGUUAGCGUAUUGACGAUCCAGAAUGCAAUUCUUAAAUACAAAAGAUCAAUAGAAUUAAAAAGAAAAGACUGUGAACAACUUACAAGAAAAAUUUUAAAAGUGGAAUAUAAGGUCAAUGGACUAGAAAAGUUGCUAUCAGAAACAAAAAAAAUGAAAUCUCAAUUAGAGCAUCAAAAAGUGGAAUGGGAAUGAGAACUCUACAGUUUAAGAUUGACCUUAAAACAAGAAAAAGAAAAAAGAAGAAGUGCUGAAAUUUUAUAUAUAAAUAUUAAGGAGCAAUUAAGAAGUAAAGAAGAGCUGAGUGAAGUAAGUCAAUCAUAGACAGACAAACAUCAUAUGGUUUCACUCUAUGGGGACUAUAAAAAUACUGAAAAGGAUUAUAGGGGAAAGGAGAGAAAAUC